AUGCCUACAAGAUAUCUUUCUUUUAAUCCUGCCGUCACUGACGCAAUUAAUCUUGAUGAAUGUAUAACAGAGGAACAUAAUGCAGAUACACCUCUUCCCCUACAGAAUAGAUGGCAUGUAUGGGAACAAAUACAAAGAGAAGCAGGAGCAUUAGAUCGUGCUGCUGAUUAUUCACAAAAUACUAGAGAUCUUGCUUCUUUUGAUACUGUACAGACAUUUUGGCAAUUAUGGGCUCAUAUACCUCAACCUAGCGAACUACUUGGACAUAAACGUAUGAUUAGACAAGACAGCAACGGGAAGAGUCACGUCGUUGAUGCCCUCAUGAUCUUCAAGGAAGGAAUACGUCCUAUGUGGGAGGAUCCAAUGAAUAAUGAUGGAGGACAUUAUGAAUAUAAAUUAUUACCUAAUAAUAUUCGUGGUGGACAAUUGGAUGAAUAUUGGAAUAAUUUAGUAUUAGCUAUUGUUGGUGCUACUAUUUAUACACAUAAUUUUAUUAAUGGUAUAAGAUUAGUGGACAAGUUAGGUCAGGGCCGUCAUCCUUGUAUUCGUAUUGAGGUCUGGGCAAAGAAAUGCGAUAAAGCAAUUCAAGAGAAAUUGGGAAAAGAUAUCGAGAAAUGCUUCGCAACUAAACUUGUAAGUUAA